AUGGCAUCGGUCACCGACUCGAAGAACACGGGCUACCCGCGGGCGAACAACGGCUACGGCAACAACAUGUACAACAACCAGUAUGGCGGUCGCGGUCACGCAGGACAAGGCUACGGCAUGCACAACCCCGCUGCUGAUAUGGCAGCCCUCACUCAUGGCUUUCAAGGCAUGAACCUUCCCAACUCGUCCUUCGCUGCUCAGGCCAAGAACGCCAUGAUGUCGACCGCUGCUACUAACUACAACGGACUCCCGGCGGUCACCUCGAUGCCUCCUGCAAUGUACGGCGCACCCAACCAGUACAUCUUCCCGAACAACUACGGCGGCGCUGGCAACAACCAGGCGGCCAACAUGUACACUCCGCACGUCCAGCAGUACAUGCCGCCGAUGACCUUCCAAGGCUACAACCCGCACGAUAACAGCCCGCUGUCUCAGCAGAACUGGACACCCACCACUGGUGCCACCGGCGAGGUGCCGACGCUGAUCACUCCUCGUCGUGACUCCAUCUCAUCCAACGAGAAUGACCAGCCAACCACACCGUCUUACGCCGGCUACCCUACCUUCGCUCCGCGCGCCGUCAACAUCAACCGCUCACCAAGCGGCGUCUACACCCACAGCACACCGUCUCCGACCUCCAUGAUCGGUCCGUACGGCAUGCCAUUGGCGAAGCAGCUGGAGCAGAGUGAUGUCUCGCCAGAGAUCAAGAGGCUCGUGUCACAGGCACCCAGCAUCCCGCCGGCGAUUCCAGCUCCGUCGUCGCCGUUGAAGCCACUUGACCGUGCUCUGGAGAACCAGCGUGGCGAGACCAACGUCUACAUCCGCGGACUGCUGCCGGCGACCAGUGAUGAAGUGCUCGAAGGCUGGGGCAGCCGCUUCGGUGACAUCAAGAGCUCGAAGUCGAUCAUCGAUCUCAACACUGGCUUGUGCAAGGGCUUCGGCUUCAUCAAGUACCACAACUACGAGGACGCCGAGAACUGCAUUCGUGGCUUCCACUACCUUGGGUAUGAAGUCAGCUUCGCCAGGGAGUCGUUCUACUCGAAGCUCAAGGCCUUCUCCGACGAGCACAACACCAACCUCUACGUUUCGAACCUGCCCAAGACCAUGAACGAGCAUGAGCUCGCUCAGCUCUUCGGCCCGCACAAGGUGUGCUCCUCUCGCAUCCUCCGCAUGAAGAGUGGCCACGGCCGUGGUGUUGGCUUUGCUCGCUUCGAGACUCGUGACGCCUGCGAGCAGGUCAUCAAGGACUACAACAACUUCACCAUCAAGGACCCGAACGGCGAGGAGCUUCAAAUCCAGAUCCGCUACGCCGACACCCAGGAGCAGAAGUCGCUCAAGCAGCAGACCCAAGCUGCCCGUCAGUUCCGGUCUGCCGAGUACGAGUACGCCACUCAAGCCUGGCGCCAGGGCAAUCUCCCUUAUGCCGGCAGCAACGCCGGUGACAGCCAGGACGGCAACGAGUUCGAGCAGUACCUCGGGACCACCGCCAACGUCCCCAUCCAAGGCCAGCGCUGGGCUCAGUACGGCGGGGGUGGUCUCCCCGGCCGCAGCCCUCUCGGCGGUCUGCCGGCCAACACCUCUCAGGCGCCCAUGGUCCAGAUUAACGUCGCCUCCGACGCCGCUCACGCUGUCACGGCUGCUGAGGCUGCUGACACCAAGCCCGCCGUCACCUCGCCGGCCACUGCCCAGGCAGCCAACAGCCCUGUCGACUCCGGUGCCGCCUCCGGGCAGGAGUGA